UUAAGAAUGUGGGAUGGAUAGCUAGUAACAGCCGUCUUGGCUUUGGCUGAUUGACCUGCCAGUGAGAUGCUCAUAAUAGGGGUGGUCUAUCACUUUUCUUUGCUGCCGUCAGAAACAGUUGUUGUUGUUGUUGUUGUUGUUGUUGUUGUUGUUGUUGUUUGUUGUUGUUGUUUUGGCAUACUGACUUGCAAACCUUGAAUGUGAAUAGUAUGACGAUAAAGUUUAUCUUAUUCUAAAUAUUGCAUCGUUCUUUGUGAUCGCAAUAGCCGAGUCAUUGGUCAAUGAAUUAUGUUUGUGUUUAGCGUGCUUUGUCUGCUGAUGCUACCACCGUACGUGUGUGUGUGUGCAUGACUAUACUCACACACUCCCCUUCUUUUUCGUAAUGUUCGAAUGCGAAUGUUCACUGUCAGCAUGGGGUUUGCACCCUUCCCCAACCCACCCAUCCAACGCCACUCUCUCAUGCACCUUUCCUCUGAAACACGAAUUUCUUGACUUACAUUAAAAAAAAAAAAAUUUUUAUAAUAAACUGAACAAACGAGUUUGUUAUACUGGAUAAACAAAAAUUAAUAUGCUUUAAGGGCAAUAUGAUUUGCAGCGAGUGGAAAACCAAAAACGUUUACACAAAAGAGUAUGUAAAUAAGAAGAGAGAAAUUGUCGUCGAGUAACGGGAGUUAACUGAAAAGAGCAAAUUCUCUUUCCCAAUUUUUUUACGGAUUACCUCCCUUUCAACUUUUAAGUUGCCAGCUUUUCCCGAUUCAACCCUUAACAUUCACCUUCUCACUUAACAAAUUAUUUGUCUUUUAGGGCGAGCAUUAAAAGAAUACAUUUGCUUAUACCUGUAAUUAGUCUUACGCACAGUUACCCUCGCAUAUGUAAGACGAAUUACAGACAAAUAACACAUGGACGAGCCCCUCAGAGGAAAGCUAAGGGGAGACUUGAUGUUCAAGUUGUAGAACAAAUGACGUACACAUACACGAGACAAUACGAGAUCUGCUACAACUCAGUACUCUGCUAUCACCUUAGUUUAUCAUUGUUAUACGUGUGUGUGUGUGUACUCGGUUUCAUCCUCUUUAAGAAACGAUUUUCUUGACUUCUUGUUGUAUUCAUCACCUUGCUUGAAACAUAAACACAUUUCUUUCCAGUCCGUACCUCACUUCUUUGACGCGCUCCUCUUCUGCUUUCUCCUCUCUUAUUUAUCUAGCAGAUUCGCUGACAGUUGAUGUUGCUGGGCAACAACUCCAUUUGUGAUAUUUCGAUCUCGUGAUCCUUCUAACAGACAUUCAGUCGUGACAAAGACCAUUCCUGUUUGUAGCAAAUAACAAUCCUGUUUGUCAGCUACCAGAGUACAUAAUCCAGAUUCGUCUUCUUCGGCAACCUAUCCCAGCCUCCACCUCCGCCUCCGCCUCCGCCUCACUUCUGUACCUUCCAAGCCCUUCCUUGAUCGCCCCCGACCCGAGACCUGGCGCACUGACGUCACACUGCAACGCGACGGUUCCAGAUGAAUGACCAGAAGAAGGAAGCGACAGUGCAAGUGUCAAACCCAAAUGCCAAGCCCAAUGGUCUCGUGUUCCUUGUCCUCUGCUGUCCGCUUACCUUCUGCCACCUCCACGCUCUGACUCAGUUCGCCUUCCGGUUAGGGACGACUUUUUUUUUUUUUCAUAUCGUCUGGCGAAACUGAUAACGCAGGUCGGGAACUUUAAAAACCCAGCCGCCUCUUCAGAAUACAUUCGAGAUUCUUUCCGAGUGGCCUAGAAGGAGGAACCUUUGUCACCAUGAUUCGAGCAUUUCUACUAACAGCGGGUAUUAUGGCGGUGGCGUGGUCGUCAGAAUCAGCCGAGUGUGACAUUUCCGAACACGAACACAACAUGUACCUGAAGCAGGUGUUUGGAGACAACAUGCGUCGACAGUCACCUGAAAUGUUUUCCAUAACUCACUUCAUGUUUUGUAGGACAUCAAACACGUCCAGGAGUAUGGCGACCUUAAUUCUGGAUACAAUCAAUGCAACUCUGAUAAAAAACCUUAACAGAGAAGACCUCUCACUUCUUCACUUUGUGCAGAACCAAAAGCCACUCAUCUACCAGAAGUCAAGAGAGGCCCUUGCCAACAACCUCCUCUCCUGUUACCAGGGGUUAGCGUGCAUGACUACCGCCCUUAACGAACAAACCUCUCGACUCACCGAUGCCCGCUGCUUGCUUGUGCGUCACUUCCGGGAGCUCACAGAGGCCGCGCGCAUCGCGAUCGGCCCGUUGGGCAUGUGCGACGAGGAGGGACUUCCGUUAAACUGCGCCGGAUGGGAGAAACAGGACGAUAAAGUGAUGCAGCUUUUGAGCUACUUUACGGUACAAGAGCUGUCCAAAUUUCUCAAGUUUCUGGAGCUGUCCUGUGAGUCGAAUGGAAGACAUCAUGAACUCUCUCUUACAAUAAUUAAGGAACUGUUCCAAUGAAAAUGAUGACAGAAGAAAAACGAUGAUGUUUGAAAAUAGAGUGAACUAUACUUUUCAAAGAAAAAGAAGAAAAAAAGUUCUACCAUCGCAGUCGCGGAAAAAUAGUUUGCUCCUAUUUGUGCUUAAUUGCUGUUGUUUUUUUCAGCAAAUACUCAAUGCUUAAUUUAUGUUAGUUUACGUGUUAAAUUUUACAAUGCUUGACAUGUUUUAAAUUAAUAUCUAGUCAUUUUGGAGAUCUGGUGAUUGUAGUGUGAAUGCAAUAGGUCCUUCUCUAUGCAACCCUUCACACUUAAUGCUUAAAGGGAUUGUAAAGGCAAAAUAAAAUUGCUUGGAAUCUCGUAAAGAGUAGGACCAAUUUAAAUCUCGUCUAUUAUCGUGUCUGUUCAUGUGGGAAAAGUU